AUGCCGUCUUCGGUUGUGCCGAGUCUUUCUAUUGUUGUGGGGUUGAUGUUGGUGUUUCGAAAUAGUACGAGUUAUGAUCGUUUCUGGCAGGGAAAUCAGCUAUUCACAACCGUAUCCACCAACAUCCGAAACCUCACCCGAAGCUGCCUCGCAUGUUCCUACUCCAGCAAAGGUCCCCCACCAACCGCAAGCGAAAGAGCAGACACCGACCGAGCAGUCCGCAUCCUCCUCGCCCUCAUCUACGCGACGAAAAACCACCUCCGAGCAGAAUGGGGUGGCCACAUGCCCCCUCUCCUCCUCCCCCGCUCAGAAGCCGAGCGCGUCCGACGAGAAAGCGUCUCGGUCCACAAACCCGAAUACGACGAACUCCUCCCACCCGGAACCCGUGGACAUGAGGAAAGUGGCCUGGGAUUGGUCCUGCAACUCUCCAUUCAGAUCGAAGCUUAUAUCAAGCGCGCGCAUGAUCGGGGCUGGUUGCAUAGUCCGCAGGCUUCCCAAAUGCAGGUGCAGUUGAAUUCUCUGAUCGCUGCGUAUGGGACCAUGGAGACGAUUCAUUUGACUCCGCUGCCGGUUGCUUAUUUGAUUCAUAUGCGCCAGGUUCUGGCGCUGUUUUGUUGCGUGUUGCCGUUUGCUUGGGUKACGGAGAUGGGUUGGUGGUCGGUUUUGAUGGUUACUUUUGUUUCGUUUACGUUGUAUGGGAUUGAGGCGAUUGGAAAGCAACUCGAAGAUCCUUUUGGCUACGAUCGAGCGGAUAUCAAAGUCGAUGCGAUUGUGGAGGAUUUGCGGGUGGAGACGACGGUGCUGUUGGAUAAUUGGAGGAGAAAUGGAGAUAUUUUCCCCGAGCACUUGGCGAUUUAG